AUGGACGGAUUCGACGACCUCCUUGCCCCGUCACGCAGCGUGCUCGAAGAGAACCCAUUCGAGGAUCCAUUCGGGAAACGUUCGAACUCGCCGGAUCCUUGGGCAACACCUUUCCUGAAUUCCGUGCAUGGAGGUGCGCAUGAUGAUCCAUACGCUGGCUUCGGGACGUCGAGUGCAGGAGCAUCUGCGGCAGCGCCGGGAUCAAGUGCAUACGAUGAACACGAUGAAGGCCACCGUACGGUAGAGGAAGAAGCAAAGGCGGAGGUCCCCACUAGCCCUGGUGUGCGCGAUGUGCGCGAACCACCGCUCACUAUCGAAUCAGCAAGCUCUGCGGACCCUUUGGAGUCGUCGCGGACGAAGGAGGACGCGACAGAUGUUGAGGACGCUUCGUUGCUGCCACCGUCGGGUUCUACUCAGCCCCGUUCUCCAGGCUUCCGAGAAAGCGUCCCACAGUUCUCAGAAACGGCGACGAUACGGCCGCCACAAGAGGACGCAUUCCCUUCGUCUUCGUUUUCGCGGUCCCCUCCGUCGUCUACGACCAUCGUCACUUCCCCGCCGUCUGAUAUACACGGCGACGGCGCCGACGCGAAUAAUGCCGUGUCGCCAAUCCCACCGACGCCCACGUCCCCGUCCAUGAUCGGCAGCCACGCGCAGCCGUCGCCUGUCGUCUCUAAUACACACAGUGCGGGAGCGGAUUGGGGGACGCCGUUCAGCCAGUCGUCGAAGCCCGGGCUGGCGUUUGAGCAGUCGUUCGCGGGGCUGGGUCUUGGUGCAGAAUCGAGUGGGUGGCAAGAGAAUGCAACUUCCCCUACUGCCACUACCACCAUCACUACCACGAAACCUAGCCCGAGCGAGGACGAUAGCGACGAUGAUACACCCAUUGGGCAGACAUUCGGGAAGCUUGUCGCGCAGGCUGAGUCUCAGCAAAAGCGUCAGUCAUUGCAGAGGAACGACGCUGGUCUACAGCCGGUCUUCGUGAUCUCGGUCGACGAUCCUCAGAAAGUCGGCGACCCCAUACGCGGGUACACGAUGUACACCGUCCACACACGCACGACCUCCCCCAUGUUCCAGAAAUCCGCCUUCUCCGUCCUGCGGCGUUACUCCGACUUCCUCUGGCUCUACGAAACCCUCUCCUCGAACAACCCCGGCGUGGUCGUGCCCCCCGUGCCCGACAAGAACCCCUUCGGACGCUUCGACGACCAGUUCGUCAAGCAGCGACGGUUCGCGCUGGAGAAGUGCAUCCAGAAAAUUGCGAACCAUCCUCUGCUGGGCAAGGAUGCGGACUUGAAGAUCUUUUUGGAGAGCGAUACGUUUGCGCUGGAUAUCAAGCAUCGGAAAGCUGAGCUUGCCCAUGAGAGGGGAGGCAUUAUGGCGUCCAUUGGUCAAGCAGUCGCUGGUCCGAGGUUCUAUGAAACAGACGAAUGGUUCGACAGGCAGAAGGUCUACCUAGACAGCCUCGAGUCCCAGCUACGGGGACUCGCCAAGGCCAUCGAUGCCGUCGCCAAACAACGCUCAGAACUAGCGGCUGCCACGGGCGAGUUCUCGCAGAGCGUAGGCGAUCUAUCGGCGUCGGAUAUAGGGAAGGGGUUGUCCCAUUCGUUGUCUGGGCUUGCGGACGUCGAGCGGAUGGCGCAGGAGAUUCAGAGCACGCAGUCUGAGCAGGAUCUAACGACUAUCAUGGGCACUGUGGACGAGUACGCUCGGUUGAUUAACUCCGUUAGGAUGGCAUUUAGCUCUCGCAUCCGCAUCUACCAUGCGUGGAAGCAGUCAGAAAGCGACCUCAUUCGUGUCAAGCAAUCUCACGAGAAGAACCGUGCCCAAGGACGUAUCGCAACAGACAGGCUCAGUUACAGUCUAAGCCAAAUCGCCGAGGCAGAGAAACGCGCGGCAGAGUCCAAGCACGAAUUCGAGCACGUCUCGAAACUGGUGAAAUCCGAGCUUGCACGGUUCGAACAAGAGCGGGUGUCGGAUUUCAAGGAUUCCCUGCACGCGUUCCUAGAGGGUAUGAUUGAGAGGCAGAAACAGCUCAUCAAUGCUUGGGAAGGGUAUCAACAGAUGUUAUUGAAAAGGGACAAUGCUCGCCACCCAGCAAACGGUCGAGAAGCUCCCGCUCCAGCGUAG